CGUGCAUUUCAUUAUCAGCUACGUCAGCAAAGGGGAAGGUGCCCAGAGGCGAUCUCGAAAGGAAUAUUGAACAACGAAACCCUGACCUCAUCUGCUAGCUGGUUGGACUGUUUACUGCAAUAUUCAACCGCUGCCUAUACAAACAGAAAUAAAAAAACAGUUGUGUUUCGCUGUGUAAGGAAGCUGAAGAGUAAAGCUGGCAGAUUUUGUUAGCCUAAUUGGCAAGAACCUACUGUUCUCCACCGGUUGCGCUGACUGAACAGCUGAGGAUGUCGAGCGAUCCUCCUCCUCCGUACCCUGGGGGUCCCAGCGCCCCCCUGAUGGAAGAGAAGAAUGGGCAGCCGCCCAUCUCAGGUCCAGUUCCUCUGAUGACUCACACUCAAGGGCACCCAGUCUAUCCAGAGUAUGGCCCGCCUCCCUACGAGCCUCCGACACAGCCUGGGUUUAUACCCCCCCAUGUACCAGGAGAGGGGGGCAUGGCAUACCCACCCUACGCUGGGUACUACCCUCCUCCUGGCCACUUUCCGCAGCCUAUCCCUGGGCAGUACGCUCCCGGACCCGGGCACUACCCCUCUCCGGGGGGGCACACAGCCACGGUGAUCGUGCCGCCGGGUGCUGGCACCACGCUGACGGUGCUGCAGGGGGAGAUGUUCCAGGCAGCACCGGUCCAGACAGUGUGCCCACACUGCCAGCAGGCAAUCACCACCAAGCUCACACACGACAUCGGCCUCAUGAACACACUCUUCUGUCUCUUCUGCUGCUUCGUGGGGUGUGACCUGGGCUGCUGCCUGAUCCCUUGUGUGAUUGACGACCUCAAGGAUGUGACGCACACCUGCCCCAACUGCAAGGGCUACAUCUACACAUACAAGCGCAUGUGCUAACACAGUCACGCCUGGUGUCAUAGCUCCCCCUUGUGGAAUGUCUGUGGUAGCGACAACAUUUCUUUCUUUAAUGUUUUAUUUCACCACCUUCACAUAGCAGUGCUUUCUUCAGUCGUACUGUAGUGUUUAUUAAGGUCAGUAGCUGUGAAGGCCUUACUGGGAAUUAGCAAAGCUCAGCAAAAGGGUAUUACAAAUAAAUAAAAAGAGUUUAUAUUUGAUAAGACUUAGGCACUGUACUCUUACCUCUCAACCUGCCAAACUUCAGGGAUAAUGAACUUUAUAAAACUACAAAAUGAAAACAAAAGCAAAAUGUAGGGUUUUCUUUAAUUAAGUGUGGUGCAGUGUAACUGUAAAGCUUAUCAGUAUAGACCAUAAUUGGAUUAUCUUGCGCUUAUUAUAAUGGACAGGCUAUUGGAAGUUUUUUUUUUUUUUAUAUAUAUAUAUAAUGGUCUAUUUGAAGGUCCCCUCUUAACGCAUUAUUGAGGUUCCAACUACAUUUCUGUUCCGUCUUAACUCGAUCCCUACCAAAGUCCUUUUUUGCUGUACCACCAUCUUGUCUUAUCAGAGUUCACACUCAAGAAGUCAUACCUGGUUCUGUUGAUCAGCUACGCUACACAGCACCGGCAUUUUCUGUGCCAUUUCUAAAAAGGGAUGUCCCUUUAAUGAAGAGGCAGUUUAAGAGGUUGGGUGUCACAGAGAAGUGUUUUAAUCCAUAGGGAAUUUUCACCUGUAUUGUGUUCUUCAGUAAUAAUGCCAUAGGCUCAUUGGCAGAUGUUUUAUGUUGGCCAGAAGCUCACCUAAUGCAGCGAACAAUUUUAAGUUUUAACCGUGUAUCAGAAUUAUCAAUGUGUCAAGCCAGACUUAACAUUAGAAGAUAAAUGCAGGAGAUGUCUAAUACCUAUUUUAAUCUGCAUGAGGUUUAAAUAGAUGUUAACUGCACUUGCCAUGCAAAACAAUUCUGCUAGCCAGAUAAUAUAUAAGGUUGUAAAGGUCAGAAGCAUUGUUCCCUAGUUUUUAUUUUAAAGUAAUUUUAUUGUAAUUUUUAACCAUGGUAAUAUUUAUUUUUUAUUAAGUAGUGUUAUACAUCAUAUAUGGCUUUUCGUUCUGUUGUCUGUUCGUAGAGUCUCGGCAUCAUUUCACACGCUGUACUGGGUUUGACAGUACCUAUUUGCACCAGGUGGAGCCACAAGGCUAGUGCUGCAACACCUACAUGGCUGGCCAGGGGUAGUACACUGUCAACAUUUUACACCUAGAUGUAAACCAUCCUUAAACCGGGAACAAUAUUCCCACCAGCCCUUAAAAACACUACCGCAGAGCAGUUGAACUCGCCACACUAAUAAAGGCAUUAGCCAAGUCUACUUGACUUUGAGGUGCAUUUUAUCAUCCUGUACCUCUCUGGGAUAAGCCAGUUGUUUUUUAAGAGCAUUUAUUUGGAUAACCAAGGAUAUGUACAGUACUGAAUUAAUCCCCAGUGCUGUAAAAUGCUCUAAAAAAUGUCUUAUCAACUACUCGGAGCUACCAGUCGAUGAUCAAAAUCUACUGGUUGUUGCAGUCUUAUACAAGGGCUGUAGAUGUUAUUGGAUGUUGGUGCAGCGUUUGAUUUUUCAGCAGCUUGGAAUAAGUUUAUUGUUCUGUUUCAACAUGCAUCGCUUUCUGUUUUUCGUGCACACUUUUUAUGUUCUUGGCUUUUCGUUUAGUUUGAAGUGUGACCAGAGUUUAAAAGCUCACCUGUUUUUUAAAUGUAUUUUUUAAGACUAGCCCAGUUGGGUGACCCUGUGAAUAGAUCUACUUGGGUCUUACUUAUUCUGUUUAAUUAUCUUUAUUUAAAAAUAAAUAAAUAAAUAAAACUCGGGUCCAUAACAGUUCAUGGGUUUGUUCAAACCAGUGCCUCAACAUUUAUUUUCAAUGUUUUUAUUUUAAAAUUGCAAUUCCAGUGCACUCAAAACUGGACAUAAUCUGGAUUAUUAGGACAGUGUAACAAAGCUAGCCAUUAAUUUUUCGAUAUUCAUUCCAAAGUGGUAGAAAUGGAGAUUUACAAUGGAUUAAUUAUAAGUAGCUAACAACAGAACUAAAACCUAUUUAACAAUAUUUUCUGUUUCUAAAUCUUAAAAUAACAAAGGCCUGGUUGAAACAAAACCAUCAUUUAUGUGACUCUUAUAAAAUAAUGUGAGACCUGCACUACUGGAGACAAUUCUUUAAGCUUAUAAAACACAAUUAGAUUGUACAAGCUGGAUAUUAGAGUAUUCUUCAGCACCAUGUGUUCAAACUGUACUGUGAAUUUAGUGAUUUUUGGUAAACACGUGUGGUUUUGUUUAUUUUAAUUUGUAGCAUGGACGUACUGAGUAAUAUAAGCAUUUGCUUUUAUGUUAUUACUGUAUCUCUGUAGUGUUAAAAAGGGAUACUUGAAAAUGAGUCAACGUCCAUGUGACUCAUUUUCAAGUACACUCCACCCCCAGGCUACUCAAUUCACCUUCAAAUCGAUCAUAUCAGUUUCAUUUUGCAAAUUUGAACAGUUUCAUAGUCCCUUUUCUCUUAUGGGAAUUAGGAAUGGUCUUUAAAGAGAGUAGUCUGGUUAUUCUCACAUCCAAAACAGAAAGCAAGACAAAUUCCGUCCAGCAUAAAUACUAGGGUUUUGUUUGCAUGUUAUAGUUUUUGUUGAGAAGCCAGUGCUGUUGGAUAACCAGCAUCACCUUGAAUUUUUAAAACCAUGCAGCAGAUGAAAAUCCAGAUCUGCUCUCCAGUGAUAGUGGCUUGUAGUUUGCCAGUGCGUGUUCAUGCUUUUUAUGAAUAUUUCAAAAAUCCAGGCUGGCCUCCUUUACCUUUCUAGGCUCUAUACUUCUCUAUAUGCAACGCUAAGUGGCUUGCAGUGCUGUGGAAGAGCAGUCAUGUUUAUACUGGGUUGAAGAGGCACAAACGAUUACAAAUAAAAAUGUUUGCCUUUAAUCCAAGUGAUGGUAUUUCUUGUAUGUUUUUAAUGUUGCUAUGUAAAAUUAUACUCUUGUGUAAACUGAAUGAUGUGAAUCGGACCACUGCUGUUGCAUAUAAUACAAAACUAUUAUUUUAACAAUAAUACAACUAAUAACAACUCAUUAA